AUGAGUGCAUGCGCGUGCAGAAAUUCACACCUGCGGAGGUGGCUGCUGAGUGCUCUGUUGCUCCUGGCUGCUCUGCAGCCCUCGAGAGCUGACUGUCCCAAAUCAUGCGUCUGCCACGUUCCUGCGGAAGUGCACUGCACCUUCAGAUACCUAACCGCAGUACCUGACCAUAUCCCACCAGCUGUGGAAAGAAUUAACCUCGGCUACAACAGUAUAACUGCCCUGAGGGAGAGCGAUCUUUCAGGCUUUGAGAAGCUGGAGCUGUUAAUGUUGCACAGCAACACUAUACACAGAAUCGAAGACAGAGCUUUCCAAAACCUCAAGUUGUUACAGGUCCUGAAACUGUCACACAACAGAUUGAAGGAAAUCAACAAAGAGACCUUCAAAGGGCUGGACAGUCUGCUGAGACUCCACAUAGACCACAACCACAUUGAGUUUAUCAACCCAGAGGCUUUUUAUGGCCUGACAAACUUGCAGAUGAUCAAUUUGGAGGGCAACCGCCUUCAGCAGCUCCACAAAGACACAUUCAUCACGUUGAGACACAGCCAGGUUUUCAGGUUGUCCUCAGUAAGAACCAUCUACCUGUCAGACAACUUCCUAACCGCUCUGCCAGCAGAUAUUUUCUCAGGCUGCAGCCAGUUGGAGAAUGUCUUCCUCCAUGGCAACCCCUGGUUGUGUGAUUGCCAUAUGGAGUGGUUUUCCAUGUGGGCACAAAGGAACACAGGUGUGCUGAAAUGCAAGCGAGACAGGGGCAAUCCAAGAGGCCAGCUGUGUCCUGUUUGCGCAAAUCCUUUCUCUUACCAGAAUAGAACACUAGCCCUGCUCCACAGUGAUGCAUUUACUUGUUCUAAACCCUGGAUCGAACCCCACCUAAAGCAGAAAAACAUUAGCUUGGAGGAGGGGGAUUUUACUCCAGUCUCUCCCAAGGACUUCAUUGCUCCCUUAGGCUCCAUGCAAAUGAAUCUUACUGAUGAGUUCUACAAUGAUGCCAGUCUGCUCUGCACUGUUCAGAGGCCCACUGCAUUUGAGAACCUGACGCUGACCUCAGAGGAGGAAGAAGGACACAGUGUCAGUGUCCUUACCACAGGCAUCAUUACAUAUUUGGUGUGUAACAUUGACUAUGAACACAUUCAACGCUUGUGGAAAAUCCUGGCCUCCCAUAGUGACUCUCCCAUGUGGCUUGAAAGAGGUUUAAUGUUGGCAAGAACACCAGAAAUGGUGUUUAGAUACAGCCAGGUAAACGAUAAUAAGGAGGGAUCUGUCACAAACGUUGAAGCUGAUAUUAAAGCCUCUCCUGCUUGGCUAAUGCAAGGGAAAAUAAGCCUCCAACUUGACCGAACUACGACUACCUUUUCCACCCUGCACAUCAAAUACCAGUCUGAGGUCAACCUGCGUGUGGAAAGUACAACAUCUAAAAGGGGCCACUAUUCCUGGACCAUGAUCAAAAGAGACAAUCAAAUCAAGACUGAGUACACUGUGAUCACAGGUGGUGUGGCACAGUUGAGCUGUCAAAUUCAGGGUGAGCCAAAGCCUCUGAUGGAGUGGAUUUUACCAGAAGGAAGUAAGGUCAGAGCACCAUAUUCCAGUGAGGACGGGAGGAUCAUAAUCACCGCUGAAGGGAAGCUAACACUUCGCAGAGCGGUUUCUUCUGAUGCCGGACUGUACUGGUGCAUCGCAACAAACUACCUGGAUGCAGAUAUCCUCAUAUUUCGAGUCACAGUUCUUUCUCCUGAUGUGGAAGAGGUUGAGGUUAACGGUCUUCAACUUUCAAAGUCACUCGGGGAAAAUCUGAUAUUGGACUGCAGCUCAACAGGAAGUCCUGUGGCUUCAGUCACCUGGAUCCUCCCAGACCAUUCAGUAAUGGACAAGUCUCAAGGGAACAGAAAUGUUUUCGAGAAUGGAACUCUGUUCAUCAAAGGCCUCACAGCUAGGGAUCGGGGAUUUUAUAGGUGUUUGGUUGCUAAUCACCUGGGAGUUGACCUUCUUGUGUCUCAGGUGACACUGAAUGAAAAAACCCUUCAGGCUGAGACUUCAUUGGACAGUGAGGGAUCUGGGAUGGUGAUAGAUGUCAAGAUAAAUUCUAACUUUGGAGAAAAAACGCUCAAUAUCGAUGAAAAUCUCUCCACCAAUCCUGCUGACAGAACUACUCAGGAAUUCAGGACUGUAACCUCAGAUCGGCCUUUCCCUAGAUCCAGAUUGGGGGGCAGAGGUAGUUCAGGGGUUAGAUUUUCACAGAGAAGAAGAGGGGCAGCUCGCAACAGACAAAUUUGGAAUAACAGAACCUUCGAUAAAGCUUCCAGGACCGUGGAUCCAGAGAAAUUUGCUGAACUUGUGAAAAAAGCCAGGCAUGGAUCAAGAUUAGAAAACGGCAAAGAGAAUAAACAAGUCAUAUAUGAAAACUCAUACAAUGAAUCACACUCUAGUGAUAAUGAAAUUGGCUCUGGUGAUUUUCACAAUGAAGAACAUCCUGUUGUAGUACAGAGGAUGGUAGAACCAACUAAAGAAACAUUCACAGAACAAAGUAGUCACAUUCAGUCAAAUAGAAUAAAAGAAAAUCAAAGCUCACCAACCGCAGAGGCGUACAUGCAGUCAGAUUCUACAUCAGUGAAGUCCAUUUUCUCUGGCAUGCCAAAUCCAAUUGAUACAACAGAGUUUUAUGUCAUUGAAAAAACCAGCAAUGCCCCACUAAAUAUACAGCCAGUCACGCUACAACUGACUGUGACAGACACUGAACAAGAGUCUCCGCUUAAGUUGUCAGUUGAACCUGCUGCAGAGACUGGUGUAGUGUUUCCUUUAACUACAGACCCCAAUGUUUCUCCAGUGAGACAUGAGCCAGGUCCAAUAGAUCUUUUCCACCACACAGACCCUGAAAGCCAGACCACAUUCACAGCGAUCACCACUGCAGAGCGACAGGAGGACGAGAUCACCUUUCACACUACACAAACAAUAAAAUCCCCACACCUGUCUACAGGAUCCACAAUCAUCUCCCGGCAGAAGAUCCAUUUGAUCCCAAACAGCAGAGGAACUGGUGGCAGGCGGAUCUUCAAAGGUCGCAGGAGGAUAAUCAAACCUAACAGGAUCACUGACAUACGCUCCUUCAUCAGUCGACUUAAACAGCCGUCUUUGACGAAAGGUGGAAAUACAACUGUGCCAUUUCAGACUGAGCUGACAACUGAUUCUGAUUCUGAUAAAAAAAAGAAGACGAUGGCAAACACUAAGUUGCAGGUUGUCACACCCACAGCUUUUUCCAGUUUUCUAAUCAAAACAGAGACGCCUGCAUCUACACUUAAAUCUACAGCUUCUUACACUGAUCGUCACAACACUGCAUCUGAUCCCUUGGGUAAUACUGAGUCAACAUCAGAGCUCUCUGUUGAGUACAUAACAUCUGCCGACGGCCCUGAAAUCGAUCCUACAGUUGAUACACUUUUCACAUUGAGUAAAAAACCAUCAUUAACAUCUACAACUACAACUGCAUCUAAGGUUAUUCGCGGAAGAAUUCCAUGGAAGAGGCUGUUUCAAGGAAAAGAAAGGGAGAAAAUACUUAAUAGAUUAAAGAGGCCGUCCUCUCUGGCAAAAAUCUCAACCAGUCCAGUUGCAGCCAAGACUUCAACUACUGCUAUGCCCACCACUAAACCAAUUUCAAUUCCCGAAGCAGAAACAAGAUCCACUCCACCAUCUGUACAAAGGCGAAGCAAGGAGGACUCAUCACAUGAUGACUAUGGAGGUUUAGCUUAUGCAGAAUUUGAAUUUACAACAGCGGAACCAAACUUUCAAUACAUAAUCACAACAAGUUCAUCACAUUAUCCGAAGUCUCUCACCACAGAUGAAACACCUACAGUGUUACAGACCUUAGUCCCUCCACCUACUGUAAAACCACAUUCUGUUGAAAAUCUUGAUGAUGGCUUCUCAGGUUCUGGAAAAAUACCUGAUGAUUUUCUUGUAAUCAGACAGAAACCUGUUAAGACAAGAGGAAGACAGGGGCAAAGAAUUCAUCCUUUCAAGGGAAGGAGGCCUUUUAGGAAACCUGGAAGUACUAAAACUAUUCCUACCACCACAACCAGAGUUUCAACCACAGAGGAAACAUCUAUGGCAACCACAAUGAGGGCAACAACACAGUUCCAAGACAGUUCGCUGCAUACAUCAUCUAGUGCUAUUUCCAUUGACCAAACAUCAGGGGAAAAAGACUUAGAAGACAAGACAUUGAGCAGUUUAAUGACCUACUCCACCACCAAGACUCCUAUCAUUGUGUCAACUUCUUAUUACCCAACUACUUCAUCUAUAUCAGUUACCACAAAACAACCUUACACAAUGGCCCAAAAAGGAAUGUACAGUAAUAUAAGACCACCAAUACAGAGGAAGAAUGAUUACACAACUCGCAGGCCCCUAUUGAAGAGAAUUAGACCUACAGCACAAAGCAGUGUUGUGAGAGGCAGUGCAGAUACAGGCUUUGAGUUUCACACAAUGACCAUCUUCACAGAUAAGCAACGGCACAACAAACAUGAUUCAUACAACAAAGGAAUGCAUAAUCCUCCAGUUUUUGAUAAAGUCCCUGACAAUAAAUGGACCACUGCAAGUACUCCUGGGUUUGAACUGACAGCAAAGGCCAUGACCAAUAAACCUAGGAUAGUGGGUGGAAAUGCAGCUAGCUUUACUGUUUUGUCCAACUCAGAUGCUUUCUUGCCAUGUGAAGCUAUCGGAAAUCCACAACCACUCAUAACAUGGAAACGCUUCUCCUCAAGCACAGGCAACACAAUGACCAUUAUUGGAAGGAUGGGCAAGUUUGAGGUAAUGAGUAAUGGCACGCUGUCCAUCCAGAAUGCCAACGUGAAGGACCGCGGUCAGUAUAUUUGCCUUGCCGAGAACGAUCAUGGAUCAGACAAACUUCUCAUCACCCUCUCUGUAGUAGCUUACCCCUCACGUAUUUUGGAGCCAAAAAUGCGGGAUAUGAAAUCUCACACAGGAAAGACAGUGGCAAUGAAAUGCAAAGCUGAGGGUCGGCCCAUGCCGGUGAUUUCCUGGAUUUUGGCUAAUCGGACCCAAGUCAGGGGGCAGACCAAAGAGAAGGAGAGGGUCUCUGUAUCUUCUGAAGGGACUCUAAUUAUUGAGAAUGUGUCUGUAUAUGAUAGAGGUUAUUACAAAUGUAUCGCCAGUAAUCCUGCUGGAGCUGAUACCAUUACAGUCAGACUACAGGUGGUGGCAGCGCCACCAGGCAUUGUGGAGGAAAAACGUCAGUUGCUAAAAGCAAGUUUGAGACAAAACUUGUGGCUACCUUGCACCGGCCACGGCAACCCUCAUCCAGCUAUUCACUGGGCCCUUCAUGAUGGAGAAAUACUCAAAUUUAACAGACAGGCCAGUGACAAAAGGAUGUCUGUGUAUGAAAAUGGAACUCUUCUUAUAAAACACGUGGCUUCAACAGACAGUGGAAAAUAUGAAUGUAUUGCUACCAGCUCUACGGGUUCAGAACGAAGAGUGGUGACUCUGACAGUAGAGACACAAGAGUAUGCGCCUCGGAUUGUUGAAACAUCUGGAUCCAUGACAGAAUUAUCUUAUGGGGAUCAGUUGAGACUAAACUGUUCAGCAACAGGAGAUCCCAAGCCAAGAAUCAUAUGGAGGCUGCCAUCUAAAGCUGUUGUUGAUCAGUGGCACAGGAUGGGCAGUCGAAUUCAGGUACUGGAUAACGGUACUCUCAUCGUUAAUACUGUGAGUGAUAAAGAUGCUGGAGACUAUAUCUGUGUGGCAAGAAGCAUGAUUGACGAUGAUCUUCAGCUUAUGAGAGUCAGCGUAUCAAUGAAGCCCGCAAAAAUAGAGCCUAAACUUUAUGAGAGGACGAAGGUGCCCUAUGGUAAUGACUUGAAAGUUGACUGUAAAGCCUCUGGAUUACCGAAGCCAGAGAUCUCCUGGGGUCUACCAGAUGGUACAGUGGUCAACAGUGCUUGGCAAGCUGAUGCUAGCCAUGGAGGAGGACGAGCACGACGCUAUACUCUGUUUGAAAAUGGAACACUUUACUUAAACCAGGUUGGAAUAUCAGAGGAAGGAGACUACACCUGCUAUGCGGAAAACCAGGUGGGAAAAGAUGAAAUGCACGUACAUAUCACUGUGGUGACAUCUCCCCCCAGAAUACAACCAACUAGCAAGACCUAUGCAAGGGUGAAGCCUGGAAAUAACAUUCGUUUUGACUGUGAAGUGUUUGGGGAGCCCAAGCCAAAGAUCUUGUGGAUGCUUCCGUCUAAUGAUGUAAUCGCCGCAUCAAAUGAGCGUUACCUAAUGCACGUCAAUGGUUCUCUGGAUAUUAGAGAUGUGAAACUUGAUGAUGCUGGGGAGUAUGUUUGCAUGGCUCGUAAUCCUGGAGGAGAAAAAAGAAAAAAAUAUAAAUUGGACAUAGAUGGGAAUCCACCAUUGAUCAAUGGCUAUCGACAGAAUAGAACUGUGAUUAAAGAUGUUGCUCCAAAACACUCCAGGAAACUUAUAGACUGCAAUGCUGUGGGUCAUCCCACUCCAGUCAUCACGUGGAUUAUGCCUGAUAACAUCUUUCUUCAAGCGCCAUAUUUUGGCAGCAGGAUUACCGUUCAUCACAAUGGAACGUUAGAGAUACGCAACGUACGGCCUACAGAUACAGCAGAAUUCAUUUGCUUGGCAAGAAAUGAUGGGGGUGAAGCAGUACUGGUAGUGCAGCUGGAGGUUACCAGCAUGCUCCGAAGGCCAAUCUUCAAGAACCCUUUUAAUGAACGCAUUGUAUCUGGGACUGGGAAAACAACUGUUUUGAAUUGCUCUGCCAGUGGGAACCCAUUCCCAGAGAUUAUUUGGAUUCUGCCAAAUGGAACACGAUUUAUUAGUGGCUCAAGCAAUGGAUCUCGCCACCAGUUCGGCAGUGAUGGAACUUUAGUCAUUUACAACUCUCAGAAAGAAGAUUCUGGGAAGUACCGUUGUGGUGCCAAGAAUUAUCUGGGCUAUAUUGAAAAAGUAAUCAUUUUGAAUAUCGGGCAGAAGCCUUACAUCCUUACAAGACCCAAGAGCACCAUACGCAGCCUGGCUGGGGAAGUCCUGUCCCUUCAUUGCCUAUCUGAUGGAAGUCCACGGCCAGGGAUCAUUUGGACUGUUCCUAGUGGCCAAUCACUUACACAGCUUGAAGUGCUUGGGAGGUACCGACUGCUACAGAAUGGCACCCUAGUUAUUCAGGAUACUAUGCUGAUUGAUCAAGGAAACUACAUCUGUAGGGCUCGUAACGAUGUUGGUGAGGCAGUGCUCACUGUCCCUGUUAGUAUCACAGCUUACCCGCCACGGAUAAGUUCAGGGCCCCCUCAGAGUGUGAGGGUAAUAUCUGGAACACCUAUCCAGCUCAAAUGCGCUGCCUCUGGGAUUCCAAAACCAGAGAUCACCUGGGAGCUUCCCAGUCAUUCAGUUCAUUCAGCAGCAGAACAGAGACUGCUUCACCCUCAGGGUACACUAAUCAUCCAGAGGCCCACAUCAUCAGACUCUGGUGCAUACAAGUGCCUAGCCAAGAACAACGUUGGUACAGACUCCAAGGUCACAUAUGUACGUGUACUUUGAGAAAAGAUGACAUAUCCUGAUAAUAAUUGUUACGCUGCUUUGUACCUUGCCUUACACAUGAACUUGAAAGGAAUAAGGCUUGUUGGUCAUCUUUAACACGUCACAGAUCCAAAAUUACAAAAUUAAUUAAUAGAGGAUGGAAUAGAAAAAGAAUUUCAAUGGGAAAUGUGGAUUUUUGUAAAACUGAAAAAAGCCUGUUGUGUGUCAGAGAUGUGAUUGUAAAGAUGUACUAAGUUUCUGAAAAUGCGCUGGUGGUUCUAAGUUGGGUCAUUUGACAUGGGGGCAAAAGGGCUGACCAAAAACUGAGCGUCGUUUGAAAGACAAAAAAUACUAUUACAGCAAAUUCAGACAGGAAGAGAAAGGAAAUGCUACAGAUUAUACAUAAGAAUAACAGGGACCAUAUGAAGUUUCAAUUAAUUGAAACGUAAGUUGAAAAGACAAUAUAUAUGCAUUUUACAUAAUUGUUGCAAAAUAUCUUUCAAGGGCAAGUCAUCGAAGUUUGCUGAGUGUAAAAAUAUAUAUUAAGCUUGUCUUACACUGGAGACAAAUCUGUGUGGUCAGAACUACACUUUCAUACCAGACUCAGAUUCCUCUAUUGUUGUUUUGUUAUUUCGUGUCAUUUUAAAGGAGAGUUCUUUAUGUAUGGUGGCAUCACAAUAAAAAGUUACACAAUGAUACAUCAAUCUGUUGCGUUACAAGCAAAAAUUUACCAUAAUGAUGUCAUGAACCCGGUUUUUCACAGUAGUGAACAUGGUUGAAAUCCUUGAUUUAUACAUUUCACUAAUGUCUCAAAGCAUUUAAGUUUUACACAUUUCAGUAACUGGAGCCUGAAGGUGAAGGUAAUUAUCCUGUAGUACCUAGAAUCAGAAAAAUGUAAAGGUCUGACUGAGGUUCAAAUCUUCUGGGUGGUGGUUUCCAGCUGUGAAAAUAGUUAUUCACCCGUAAUGUUUUGUGUUCAGCGCCCACAGGAGAGCUUUUGAUUUUUUGGGAUGAUUGUGUGCUAAUACUGACCUUCUGCAAAUUCAUGUGAAAGAUAAAGACAAAGGGAGAAAUAUUUUUUCUGCUAUUUUCCCAGAGAUGGAAGUGUUUGUUAUUCGAAUGGGUUUACAUUUCUGCUCAUAACAUUCAGUGAAAUAAAAAUUAAUCUCACACAUGACCACAAAAAAAUCAAUUAAUGAAAUAGUUCACUUUUUGUUUUGUUUUGUUGACUGUCAAAGAAGAAGAGUCAAAUAAAAAUAAUUAGUUCCAGCCACUUAGCCAUCAAACAGACCCUCACUUCUU